CUUUUCAUUUUGUGCUUUGCUUUUCGUUGCAAUUCCCACGUCUGCCAGUUAAAUAUGCAAUCAGGCCUGGUGAAAUAUCCCUCUAGAGACUCUUGCUGAAGUGAUUGACGCGGGAUUAAAGUGGUUCGUUGCGCCUGAAAGGCGAAAUAGUGAGUGCGAAAAUUCGUGGGGGCCAUCAUUGUGGGCUGAUCGUGGGAGCAAAUUGGUAAUUGGAGCAACAUCUAGACUGGGCGACAUGGAGCGGGAGGGUCUCUCGAAUAUACAGAUGGAGAUGGUGCUGCAGUUCCAGGAUUUCACGGGCAUUGAGGACAUCACAGUGUGCAGAGAUGUUCUCACGCGUCACAUGUGGGACUUGGAGGUGGCCAUUCAGGAGCAGCUGAACAUCCGCGAGGGACGACCAUCGGUGUACGCGACAGAAUCCCGGCCACCGCAAGUGAUCAACGAUCGGUAUCUGCAGCACGUGUUCUCGUCCUCCUCCAGCUCAAAUCGUCCGCCGUCCGGAUGGAAGGGUGUGUUCACGUACGUGAUCAACAACAUGUUCAGCUUCUGCUACAACACACUGUCCUCCCUGAUCAUGGCAUUCCUUAACCUCUUCAAGAGCAACGAGCGCAUCGUCACGGAUCCGCUGAGAGACGUCCUCACGUUCAUUGAUGCCUACAAGGAGAAAUAUCCCGUCCAUCCCGUCUUCUAUCACGGCACCUACGCCCAGGCGCUAAAUGACGCCAAGCGAGAGCUAAAGUUCCUUCUCGUCUAUCUGCAUUCCGAGGGCAAAUCUGAUGCGGAUUCCUUCUGUCGCAACGCGCUCUCCGAUGCCCAGGUGGUCGCGUACAUCAACCGCAAUAUGUUGUUCUGGGCCUGCGACAUCGCAGCCCCGGAGGGCUAUCGCGUGAGCCACUCCAUCAACGCGAGAACGUACCCCAUCCUGGUGGUGGUGGGCAUGCGGUGGAACAAGAUGAUCAUCAUGGGGCGAAUGGAGGGCGAUUGCACGGCCGAGGAGCUUCUGCGUCGCCUUCAGACCGUUGUCACGGACAACGAAGUGUACUUGAGUCAGGCGAGGGCGGAACGCCUGGAGCGGAGUCUCACGCAGACGCUGCGGAAGCAGCAGGACGAGGCAUAUGAACAAUCCCUGAAGGCGGAUCAGGAGAAGGAGCGGCGGAAGCAGGAGGAGAAAGAGGAGCAACUGAAGCGAGAACAGGCGAUUGAGGCUGAGAAGCAGGCUGAAGUGGAGCGGAAAAACAAUAUCGCCCGGCUGAAAAUCGAGAUGGCUUCAGAAGUGCCUUCAGAACCACCAGCUGAUGCUGCAGAGACAACAAGUGUGGUGUUCAAGCUGCCAAGUGGCGCCCGAAUAGAGAGGCGGUUCUUCCGGACAGACUCCAUCCGGGACGUCUACAAUUUCAUCUUCUGCCACCCCGCGUCUCCGGACCAUUUUGAGAUCACCACCAACUUUCCUAAGCGCAUCCUCUACUCAGAGGCCAAGGAGAUUGACGCCGAUGGCACGAUUGCGGAUGCGAAACUACAGAAUCGCGAGGUGCUCUUCGUGAAUGACCUGGACGCUUGAGGAAUUUGCUGAACAUUUGUGUUGGACAAUUGAGAGGCGAGAAUCAAACGAAAAAAAAAAAUUACCCAUGCAAAAGAUUUUUUGUGAGAAAUCAUCACAAAGCAAAAGCGAGAUAGAUUUAUCGAGGAAUUAAGAUGUCGUUACAAUUUUCUUUGAUAUGCAGGAGCGAUUGUUUCUAUGUGAUACAAAUUAAUGAGUAAAAUAAAGAGGAACUAUGUAUAAAA